GGGAGGCGCGUCAGCCGGGGGAGGCAGGGCCCAGGUACGGCCGUAGCACCCUCCGGAGCCGUGCAGGAGCUCGCUGUUUGGCAGCCCGCUGUCGGGAAGCGGUGCUGGACGCAUGUCGGAACAGCCCGUGCUCGGGCUCGGCCUCCGCGUUACGGCUGUGUCCGUGAAUACCUCGAGUGGAGCUUGGGGAAUGUUCGUAUCUGAACACUGUAGUUUAGAGUUUGAAAGCAGUUAUCUGAGAGGACAAACCGAGGCUUUGUCUAAAGAGACAGACUGGAAGAUACACUUGGUCCAUGACCAUUUUCUGUUUGCUUUGGGUUAUUUCAGGUGUUGCGCACUAGUGCAUCUGGCCUGUUCAUGGAUGUGCAGUCUUGCAUCCGCAGAACAGGCUUGUUUGUCUGUGUAAUUUGGCCGUUAGAUCUCAACUAAAAAAAAAAAGCUGUUAGAGUUUUAGAUUUGUUUUAUAUCCAGACAGGAAAUGGAAGAAUUUGUACUGUAAUCUUUGCUUCACAGGAGAUGACAUUCAGUAAUAGGGCUACCAACACUUCCACUGUGGCAUAGCAGUACCUGGAGAAAACGUUACCUUUCCCUUUGGUGUUACCAGAAUCUGCCCAUAGUUCACCUCAGCGUGUUUUUCCUAAUCCUGGCUUUAUUUAGCCUCCUAGCUGGCUGGUACAUUGUUGCAGGGUAGUCAGGUAAAGCAGGCACGCUGCUCUUCCUUUGAACUGACACAGUGCAAAGGGAAGGUCAGGAGUGACGGUCCUUUCCCUGCAUACUUCAGCAGGAAUUCAUUACUUCUGGCUACCAUUGGGAAGAUAAUCUGUAAUUAUUUCUGUGGAAAACCUUUGACAAGUUUAGCACAUAACAAAGUUACUUUGCAAUAACAUUUUCAGAGAUACUUGAAAGUGCUCAGAUUACUAAUGCUGCAAAUAAAGUUGCUUUUAUUAAGAAGGAGUGAAGUUUGAUUUGUAUUGAGUCCAAAUGCCAUUUAACAACCAGAACAAGCUAGAAUUCCGAGGGAAAAGGAAUGCAAAUUAUUAGCAUCCACUUCCUCUGUGUGAGGUAGUCAGUGUAAAAAGUUUCAGCAAAUUAAUGACAUCAAGUUUAUAUGCAAAUGCUGGAAAUAAGAGGACACGGUUACUUAAACAAUAUAACUACCCUAAUCUUUUUUAUUACUGUCUUCACCCACAUACGACAUUAGAAGUGCUCACAUAGGCUUUAUCCCAAUGUGAAGGCUCCUGUCAUUCAGUUAGAAAAUAAUUGGAACCUAUGACCAAUAUUUUAUUAUGUGUUGAAACCAAGCAGAUAAUAAUUUCUAACUCAGGUUUUACAAAAGGUUGCAAUUUGAUGCAUCUGCCCUACACCUAAGUGGAUUAAGAAGGUUAUAAACAACAGCAUUCAGGAGGGGCAGGACAGUACAUGCGAGAAGUCUUUGGAAAUACGCAAAAUACUCUCUUCAUCUCCUGUCUUGUGUCAGGUGGUGACAUUUCUGGUGGGACCACUGUACUUCUGUUAACCUGAAAUAACCUUCUUGCUUCUCACACUUGAUCUUUAUAGAUCUAGGUGUUUUCACCUUCCUCUAACUUAAGUAAAAAUUGAGUGUUCAGCCCUUCUGGUGGGGGCUUAGAGCUUUGCAGGACCCUGGCUCCUACCACUCAGUGAGGGGGGAAGGCAAUUCCUUGCCACCAGUCCCACCUGCAUGAGGCAGGAUGCAGCGUGACAUUUGUUAAUCCGUAAUACUCUGCCUGAACGUUGCAUAGCAAAAAAUUAAACCCUCUCUGUUGCUGCAAAUAUUUGCUGUUGCAAACUGUUGCCGCACAUGCGACUGGGAGGGUUGCCUGGUUUGCUGCUGAUCUGUAUAGUGGGUGAUAACUUUGGACAACAUCCAAAUCAUACAUUAGUAUUAAUUUAAACCAAUGUAAGUUAAUGCAGAAUAAACAGUAAUCAGCAGCUAACUCAACAACUGUAGUAAGCUGUCCACUCCAGCCAUAGGAUUUUUUGUUCGAAGAUGCCUGAUAGAUGCUUCAUGUUACAUCUUAUUUAAGAGAUAGGGAACAAAAGCAGUGCUGAGUUAUGCUUAUGCUAAGGAAAAAAAAAAAAUACUGGAAAGUUACAGGCUUUAAAGUGCUGGAAAAAUAUGUAAGCAAGGCUCUUUCUUUAGUAGCUGAUUAAUAUUUUUUAUAAGAGAAAAGGAGAGGCUGUCACUGGAAAAGAUGAAAAUUCUGACUACUAAUUCUAGCUUGAAAUAAGCAGAACCAUCUACUCGUAUGGUAUUUUUUAUGAAACUGUAACUAAAGGAUGUUAAUAAGGAUGUUUAUAUAACCUGUACACUGGGUGCAUUCACUUAUUUUUGUUAAUUCAAUGUACUUUGUAUACUCUGCCUCAUUUAUUAUACUCUGUGUUGUAUUUGCUACGACUGCCAGGGGAGGGUUACGAUAAAGUCAGAGGCAAUGAAGAUGGGUGCUCAUCUAACAGGUGCUCCACUCCCUUUGUUCUUUGUAUACACAUAUUCAAAUCACAUAAGGCAGGGGACAGGAUAGGGCCUGUUAACUCAUUGCUGAUUUCCCUAGCAAAUAAACGAGCAGCUGCAGGUCCAACCCCUGGCUUAGCACUGCUGAGAAGGUGGCAUUUGUGUGGGACAGGAUGCUUUCAUGGAGCCCUUUAGCCAAUUUCUUUUGGGACUUACAAUGCAAACUGUAUUUUCUGCUUGUAGGUAUUUGUUCAGCCUUAAAGUUGACAGUUCCAUCUCAUACCGUCCAUGGUAUUGAGGGGCAACCACUCCAUCUUACUGUUGACUACAAUUUCAAUGCUACAGCUUCUGAAAUACAGAUAAUUUGGCUUUUUGAGGGACCCCAAAGUAAUCCAAAAUACUUGCUUGGCUCCGUAAAUCAAACAGUAGUGCCAGACUUGGAAUUCCAGCACAAGUUUACUCUCAUACCACCGAAUGCAUCUUUGAUGAUCCAUCCAUUGCGUAUCACUGAUGAGGGCAAUUAUAUUGUAAAAGUCAAUGUCCGUGGAAAUGGGACAAUAACUGCCAGUCAAAAGAUUCAAGUAGCUGUUGAUGUUCCUGUCACAAAGCCAAUUGUACAUACUGAACCAUCUUCAGGAGUAGUGGAGUAUGUAGGGAAUAUUACCUUAAAAUGUACCAUGGGUAAAGGUACAAGGGUAGUUUACCAGUGGAUGAAAAAUGGGAAGCCUCUCCAUGCUGGCCCUAAUUACACCUUUUCAUCGAACAAUGCUACACUUCUAAUUGUUCCUGUUGUAAAAGAAGACAUUGGGAAUUACAGCUGUCUGGUAUCUAACCCUGUCAGUGCAAUGGAAAGUGAGAUAAUUGCACCCACCAUAUAUUACGGACCUUAUGGACUUAGGGUUAAAUCAGAUAAAGGUCUGAAUAUAGGGGCAGUGUUUACAGUGGACAUGGGAGAAGUUAUACUGUUCGACUGCUCAGCAGAUUCAAACCCACCAAAUACUUACUCAUGGAUUCAAAGGGCUGACAAUACCACUCAUGUCAUCAAAUACGGGCCCCACCUGGAAGUUGUAUCCGAUAAAGUGGCCCAGAAGACAAUAGAUUACAUGUGCCGCGCUUUCAACAAUGUGACUGGAAAACGAGAUGAAACUCAUUUCACAGUUGUUGUUACUUCUGUAGGAUUGGAAAAGCUGGCCCAGAAGGGAAAAUCUCUGUCAUCUCUUGCAGUAAUAACAGGAAUUUCAUUAUUUUUGAUCCUAGCUAUGGCUUUUUUAUUCAUAUGGAAAAGAUACCAGCCACAUAAAGUGAUACAACAGAAGCUGCAGAGAAGGCCAGAGGCUGAUUACAGAAAGGCGCAUACAUUUUCAGGACAUGAAAGUGCUUUGGAUGAUUUUGGAAUAUAUGAAUUUGUGGCUAUUCCUGAUCUUGCCAGUCGUUCUAGGGUUUCAAGUCAAACUGUUCAUGGCUCUGACUUUGUUCCAGGCCAGGAUAUGCUUAGUACAGUUUAUGAAGUUAUUCAGCAUAUUCCAGACCAGCUGCAACAAGACCAUCAACAACGUGUAUGAAGAUACAGGAACAGGAAAUCAAAGCAUCUGAAAAUAUGACUGUGACUUCUUUAUUAUAUAUUGAAAUGAAAUGCCAACAACUCCAAGAAUGGCAAAGGCUUAUGCCAGCUAUUCUUCAAACAGCAGUUUCUCUUCAGACUGAUAAUCCCUUUCCUUUGGGUACUUCAAAUUACCCAUUUUUAACUUUUUCUUUGCUUGUUUCCUGUUAAUGAAUAGUUUAUUGAAAAAUAUGGUGUUUUUCAUUCCUUACAUGUGUUUCCUUUUUGUGAAUACAAAAGAUAAAGAGACAGUUUAAAAAUUGCAGUAUAAAACCUAUUUGGUUCAUUACAAUAAUGGGUGGGAGGCACAGUGAGGAAUCAGGCCCAAGACACUUCCCAUGCUUGUUUUAUUUAAAAAAUGUCAAAAAUCGUGUAUGGGUGUUUUUCACUGGGGUUGAGUUUUACAAGAGAAGGUCUCCAUAGCUGGCAUGAAGGAAUCAUAAUAAAUGCAAUGUAUCAGAUUGCAAAAUACAUUUGGGAUUUUAAAUAGAGUAAUUCUUUUAAUUCAUUUAAUGUAACAUUAUCUUUCAAUUUACAAACAUAGAAACUGAUCUGCCAGGCAGUUACAGUUUUAAAAUGUACACUUGUAUAUUAUUCAAAUAUAGUAUGUUCUCAUUAAAUUGUUUCCUUUGCAUUUGAACUGGUUUUCUAUUUGCC